GGCGGCCUCAGCGUGCUGUGUCGACAAAAUUUUAAUUCGCUAAAAAUUCCUCUUUUACUUUCAACGAAAUCACGCAAGUGAUAGUAAACUUACAGUUAAAAUCAAUUUUAGUCAUGACAGAUUCUGUGGUUCUAGAUAAGAGCGAUUCGCAGACAACUCCUCGUGUUGGCGAGAAGGUAGAAUCGGAGGGACAAACAACGCUCUCCACCGUAGAAGAGGACGCGGUUCUAGAAGUUGGUCAGAUACCUAAUGAAAAGCCACGCACUAAUCAGGAGGAUAACAAGGUGAAGCCUGAACACAAUGCAAAGCCUGAACAUAAUAAGGAUGGAAAAGCAAAUGAUAAGCCUGGAGCUGUUGCUGGUAGUGAAGAUGUGGAAGAAGAUGGUUCAGAUGAGGAAAGUGAGGAGGAAAGCGAAGGGGAAACAGACAGUGAUGAAUACACAACAGGGACAGAGUCUUCAGGGUCUCACUCUGAGCACAGCGCCAGUGACAAAGAGCAAAGUGAAGAGGAGGCAGGAGUAGAUGACGAAGAAUACAAAAGAGUUGGCGAAGACAAAGACAUUGAAGUAAAAGAAGAGGAAGACAAAACGGGAAAUGAGCAGGAAGAAAGUAAAAAUAAAGUGAAUGCAAGAGAAAGAGGGGAUGGACAGGAGGCAGAAGAAGAAAAGAACAACCCAGCUUUUAUUCCACGUAGAGAUGCCUUUUGGGGGCAUGACGACAGAUGGACUGACACACCUGAUGAUGAAAGAAGGAAACCAACAACAAGACAGUUGUGGGACAAAACAACUGACCGUUGGGAACAUGACAUGUACAGGGAAGAUGAACAGGGACCCAAAACUAGAGAAGAAAUAGAGGAAACAAAACGCUGGCUGGAUGGAAGCGGUGGACGUCCUGGGCGGAGGAGAUAUGAUCUUCAGGAAUUUGUGAGAGGUGGGGGCAGACGGGGGGGCAGACGGGGGGGCAGAGGGGGCAGAGGGGGCAGAGGUGGAAGAGGAGGAUUGGGGAGAAUGAGAAUGGAUGAAGAAGAAUUCCAGGAAAAUGAAAGAAAUAAAGAAAACCGAGUUCCUGAGCAACGAAGAAGGAGAAGGCAGACUUCGGAAAAUUCUGAAGAGGACGGGGAGAGUCGAAGAGGGGGAUUUGGACGGCGCGGGAGAAAUACGGGACGGCGGAAUAAAUAUGAGGAUUAUGAUAGAAAUGAUGCUGAAGACAGGGAAGACAGAGAUAGAAGGUCAGAUAGACGGAGAAACUGGGGCGAGGAUCGUGAAGAGAUUGAAGAGAGACCUCAAAGGAGAAAUGAGAGAAAUCGUAGGCAAAGGAGGGAUGAUGAUGAUGAUCAGGAAUACGAUGAUACACGAAGACGUGAUCGCGAUAACAGAGGUGAGCGAUAUGACGACAGGAGGAGACGGGAUUUUGAUCGAAGGCCUGAUCGUGAGCAGGAGGCAAGGGUGAAAAACAGAGAUCAGAGACCACCUAGAAGAAGAGAUAACGAAGAAAGACGAGACAAUCAAGACGAACAGGGAGGAAGCCGGAAGGGAUUUGGUGACAGGAACAGAGGAGGUUCAAGAGUGGACAGGAGGCAGAACGAGUAUGAUGGAGAGGGACAGAAACGACAAAGCGGAGGUUUUGGGAGUGCACAAAAAGACAGAAGUAAGAACGAUUCGAGGGAAGCAAGAUCUAAAAAAGCUCCAAGAGAUGACAUUCAAAAUAAUGAGGAAGAGAAACAUUCAAGAGAGGAACAAGCCAAGCCGUCCUCUGCAACUCACAGCUACAGUAAACUCCGAGGCAGAGGACGAGGGAGAGGCCAGACGCAGGAGCUGAAGAAACCAAGAAAGAAUGCUGCAGAUUUCACCCGUGAAAGAGAGGAAGCCAAAAUGAAGGAAGAACAGGAGAGGAGAAAAAAGGCUGCGGAAGAUAAACACUUUGAAGAUGCUGAAGAAAAUGAUAGAGAUGUGAUAAUUGAAGAGGAUUAUGAAGAAGAUGUUGAAGAUGGGGUUUUAGAUCAUGAGCAGCCGGAAGAGUUGGAAGAUGAAGGCGAGGAAGAUGAAGAGGUUGUUGAAGAGAAUGGUACAGCUUAUGUUGAAACAGAGCAAGCAGAUGAAAAGCAAACUGCCUCUAGAAAACAGGAUGGGAAGCGAUCAAAGCAAUCUUCACCAAAGAAAGGAGCUGGUGUGUCUGGAUCACCAAGUGCUGCAGCAUCCCAAGGUGCUCCUGCUGCCAAACCCAAACGAUACUCAUCACAGAGGCAGCGAGCAAGUCAGCAAGUCCCCCUGCAGGUUCACCAGGCCAUGGCUCCACAGAUGGGUACAAUGUACCCUGACCAAGCUGCUUACUAUGAGCAAAUGCCCUUUCAGGGUGUUUAUGUACCUGCGGGAACUCCACCAACACAAACUGUUCCCAUGCCAGUUAUUCCACAGCAACCGGAUGUCAUUCUGCGGCAAGAAAUGGCAGUAGCCCCAGCAGAACAGCCUGAAAUGCCUGCUGGGAUACCAAUGGCUGGGCCAGGUCCUCAACCAAUGGGGGCUCUCCAGCAUGAGAGCAUGAUACAACAACAGCUUGCUGCCCUUCAACAAGGGGCUUUGCCUGUUCAGCAAGGAAUGGGCUCAGAGGGAGUAUCACCCCAAAGAGUUCCUCAGCCCGGAAUGAGCCCCCAACAACAACAGGCUUUGGCUGCUCAUUUACAGUUACAGGCUCCGCAAGGAAUGCAAGGUCCGAUGGCUCCGGUACCUCAACCAAAUAUGGUAGCCGCAGGAAUGAGCCCCCAUUCAACAGCAGGAUUUGUCCCGCACCCAAAUUUCCCUGGUGUCCAGUCUUUCCCAGGCCAGAUUUAUACCAAUUCACAAUAUCCAAUGAUGGGAAUGCCUCCAUUUAUGGGACAACAGAUGUACGGGCUCCAGAUGGCAGGAGGAGGAACAUUUUAUCCUCCACAAGCUGCCAUGGUACAACAACAACAACAGCACUCGCAGCAACAACAGCAACAACAGCCAUCCCAGGGAGAACCGCAACAACAGCAGACAAGACGCCGCCCAAAUGCUGCCAUACCCAUCAAACCCCCGCAAGUAGGUGGCUUUAACUCGAGGAAAGAACCUGAAUUGUCGUCAACAACACCCUUACUGCGCAAUUAAAUGAAAGUACAGCUCCAAGCCGUGCGUGGAUGGAGAAGGAAAAAUUAGAUCAAGUUAUGAGUCCAGAUGUUCUAAAAGAAGGAAAAGAACAAAUCUUGCUCGAAAAGGGUUCUUUAUUGAUGUUAGACCAUGUACCCAGAUGUGUAAACGAUGAUUUUUUCCGUUGAAAGGAGAUGCAGACGUAAUAGUGGGUCUUGCAUCACGUAAUGUCUUUUUACACCGCAGAACUACCCAGACAGUUGCCGCAAAUGUUUUUCAGGCUUCGAGAAAUAGUUUUAAAAUGAUCAGGUGAUGUGUUAACCCGUCUCACUCUGAAAAAAAAAAAUGGCUUGGCCGUGGUAAUUUUUCCUGACACAUGUCUCGGUUUGUGCUGGGCAAAAAUUUUAGUUCAAAUUUUUCUAGAAAGGUAUUUGUAAUUUUAACACGUACUCUUUAAUCCAA